CGGGGUGGAUCGGAAGCAUUCUUGUCCCACGUGGAGUUCAGUUUGCGCAACCUGGCGUGCCCGCGCAAGUCAGGCUCGCGCAGUCCCGGUUCGACGGUCAUCUGUUAAUUCAUCUGCAACAGUUAAAAAAAAAAAGAAAAAGAAAAAGAGAAAAAAAAAAAAAAAAAAGAAGCAAUACCUCGAAUCCUCUCUCUACACAAAUGGAGAUAUGGAGAAUCUCACUGUUCUCACAUCAUUUCAUGAAACGCUCGUGUAGAAGCCUUUUCGGUCGGCUAUCUGGAUUCGAAUCCGAGAUUUCAAACCCGCGUUCAAGUUUAGGUUCAAUUUAUAAAUUUGGAAACAGCUGUGGUCCAUCGACCAAGUCGUCCCUAGAACUUCAUCAAAAGAAGUAUACUCAGCUAUGCUGCUUCUUAUUAAGAGAUCACCACAACAUCCUUCAAUCUUCUCUAGCAAUGAGACCAGAUGGAACCUACAGAAUUCAUUACAGAUCUUUUGGUUCAGAGGCCACAAAAAUUCAGAGGAACCCAUCCUUCUCAACAUUAACUCCUGACGACAUUUUCUAUUUUAAGGAGAUAUUGGGAGAGAAAAAUGUCAUUCAGGACCCAGAUACAUUGUCAACUGCAAAUACAGAUUGGAUGAGGAAAUACAGAGGCUCGAGCCAGCUGUUGCUCCAGCCUAGGAGCACUGAGCAAGUAUCUCUGAUUCUUAAAUAUUGUAAUUCCAGACGAUUGGCUGUUGUUCCGCAAGGUGGUAAUACUGGUCUUGUUGGUGGGAGUGUGCCCGUUUUUGAUGAGGUGAUCGUCAAUGUUGGUUCCAUGAACAACACUAUUUCUUUUGACAAGGUCAGUGGUAUACUUGUAUGUGAAGCUGGAUGCAUAUUGGAGAAUUUGGGUUCUUUCUUGGCUAACCAAGGAUUUAUAAUGCCACUUGACUUGGGUGCAAAAGGAAGCUGUCAAAUUGGUGGAAAUGUCUCAACCAAUGCUGGUGGUUUGCGUUUUGUACGUUAUGGAUCACUUCAUGGGACCAUCCUUGGUCUUGAAGCUGUACUGGCAAAUGGCACUGUGCUUGAUAUGCUUGGCACUUUACGCAAAGACAAUACAGGAUAUGAUUUGAAACAUCUUUUCAUGGGAAGCGAAGGAUCACUUGGAAUUAUCACCAAGGUUUCUAUACUCACUCCUCCUAAGCUGCCAUCAGUCAAUCUUGCACUUCUUGCCUGUGAAGAUUAUUUCAGCUGUCAGGAACUCCUCCAGGAAGCGAAGAGAACCCUUGGCGAGGUUCUUUCUGCAUUUGAAUUUUUGGAUAACCAUUCCAUGGACAUGGUUUUGGGUCAUUUAGAAGGUGUUCGUAAUCCAUUACCUCCCUCGAUUUACAACUUCUAUGUUCUUAUUGAGACAACAGGCAGCAACGAAUCAUAUGACAAGGAGAAACUUGAGGCUUUCCUACUACGCUCCAUGGAAGGUGGUCUCAUAUCUAAUGGUGUUGUUGCACAAGAUAUAAACCAAGCAUCCUCAUUUUGGCGUAUCCGUGAGGGUAUAACAGAAGCACUGGCUAAAGCAGGGGCUGUCUACAAGUAUGAUUUGUCAUUGCCUGUUGAACAGAUCUACAAUAUUGUUGAAGAAAUGCGACUGCGACUUGGUCAGUCGGCAAAAGUACUGGGAUAUGGUCAUCUUGGAGAUGGUAACUUGCAUCUGAAUAUCUCAACACCUGAAUAUAAUGAUGCUGUAUUGGCACAAAUCGAGCCCUUUGUCUAUGAGUGGACAUCUAAGCAUCGAGGAAGUAUCAGUGCAGAGCAUGGCUUAGGACUGAUGAAAGCAAAUGAAAUACAUUACAGCAAGUCUCCAGAAACUGUGCAACUGAUGGUUUCCAUCAAGAAGUUGUUGGACCCCAAUGGGAUUAUGAAUCCAUAUAAAGUUCUUCCAUACUCUCUACUGUCCUAGGACUGCUAGUUAAUGUGAGUUGGUGGGCUUCUCCAUAUCACGACAAACCUACAAUUCAUGUAUGAGAAGGAAUCAUGCCUGGUUGAUCCAGUAUGGCCAACAUAUGGAAAGGAGGCGAAGGAAUGGAUGGAUGGGGAGCUCCUUUAUCUUUCACGUGAAAUCCAGAUGAUGUGGUUGCCAUAAAUGGAACUUAAUUUCAUUCAGUCAACCAAACUCUUCUUCCACUGCUAUUUAAACAACAACAUUGUCUAAGCUGCUACAAGAGUUAAUAUUGGAAACAUUCACUUGCUGUAAUAAACCAAUGCAUGCUUACAUCUUGAUUUUGAUUUGCUUGGAUGUAUAAUCAUUUGUUCUUAAAGUGAACUUUCUUUGUCCUUAA